UAAAACUCUUUUCAGUCUUUUGUCUUUGAAAGAUUGUUGACUAUGGUUGUCGGCAAGUUGUUGCGAUUACUACAAUAAAUCUUCUGGAAUUUUUUUCGGUUUAAAAAUGUCCUUAUAGCGGACCACCUGCAUCACUGUGUGAUGAGUUACUUUAGAUCGAAUUGAAGUCGUUAGAAUAAUUUCAGUUUAUCCUCACUACAGUCCACACCGAACGAUGAGUGGACAAAGAUGGAAGAGAUCCACUCCAAAGUCUGCGAUGUCGCAGUACUUCACAUUCGAGGCAAACCAACAGUCAGCGACGAAAGAAGAUGUUCCCAAAAAAACCGGUCAAAAAUCUGCCAUUUUGGCGAAAGGUCGAGAGGAAGCGACGCUGUUUGGUGUUUCCAGUGCCAGCCACGAUGUCAAGGAGCUCAAGACCGAUUCAGUGCAAAAAAGCGCAAGCGAGCUGAGCACUCUGCACGAAGCUGAUUUCCACUUCUGGAAACACAAUGUAACGGAUGCUGCCAAGGGGAGUACAACGGACCAGAAGUUAAACAUCGACAAAUCGGUUGAAGUCGACCGUGGAGUGUGUAAGAGCACUUUGCUGAAGCGUUCAUGUCACUUGGGAGCGGCAUGCCGGUACAAGCAUCCAGCGCGAGCCCACGACGAAAAGACGGGUUUGGACGUCUGUUUGGGAUUCACUCAGCUGUCGACGCGGAAUGUACUGGACAUCGGAGACUGUGCUGUAGUGCGUAUCCAGGAAGCGGUCUCCUUGACGCGUUUGUCCAUUUGGGUGCUGAAUCGUUUGCCAGUGGGAAGUAUUCCCGGAGAGGCACCACUGAGAUUUCCCGAUCAAGUUUUUCCUGUUGGUUUGGACACGCUGAUUUCCAACAUGACGGCGUUUUAUCAGAAUGGUGGACCGCAGUAUCUCAUGUAUCCGUCUAUGGCCGAUGUCGUAGAUGCAUUUCUGGCCAUUAGGCACAACUUCCGGGGAAAGUACAGUUGGUUUAGAGGGGUGCCGUUAGGAACUGAAAUUACACAUUCGGGACAAAAUAAUCUGAAGGUGCGGCUAGUAGAUCUCGGGAAAGAAUUGUCCGUCGGGAACGCACAGAAUGUACGGCGAUUACAUCAAAAGUUUCUCGAAGAGCCUUAUUUCAGUACCGUAAUCGGCCUGGGUGGUAUCGGUAUUCUACCCGAUAAUGUAUCCUGUGAAACAUCGAUCAAAUGGUUUCGCGAUCUGGUUGUGGAGCGGACAGCGUUUCUACGAGCUACGGAUAUGUCGGAUGUUCUGGAAGUAGAGCUGCACGUUGACACUAAGAAUGGAUUGCAAGAUCUUGGCGCCCUUUUGGUUGAAGAGCGCAUGGCAUUACGGCAGUCGGCGUGGAAUACCAUUGGUGAAGAUUAUGACGAAAGUGACGAUGCGCAGAAUCUGAUGCCCGGUUAAGAUGGUCAUUCCUUUGACGGGCUAGUUAUGUACGAAGAAACUGUAUAUUUCAUCCCCCAGAUUUUUGUAUUAUAAUAGAGGUUUUCGAAUUUGGAUACAAAUCCGUUUGGAAAUGGUCUCGCUUUUUUUCUCUAAUAAUUCUUUCCGUGGGAUGCAUCUUGGUUGCAUAUUGACAUUUCGACCGAGAUGAGUCACUGCAAAUCUUGAUUUUCACGAUGGUCCGUGAUGGUUUAUUGUUAUCCUUUUUAAAAUGGGAUUUCAUGUUUUUAUUUUUUUGCCAUAAGUAAUAAUUAAUUCUUGGAAUUAUCUAUCGAACGACGUGCGGGUUUUUUUGUUCUCCAAGUGUGCUUUAUGGCUGACCUAUAUGUACAGUGUUACCGUUACCUGUACUCCUGUAGCUCUGUUGAGUAUAAACUAA